CACGAUUGAUAGGCUUCUAGCGUGGGGUUAAACUCUAAUCACACCAAGUUGCCUCACGUGGCACUUUAGUCUACAGGUAAUUAGUUCCAACAAUCCUGAGACUACAUGAUAAUCAUGACGAAAUGCAUAGAUGAGUGCUCGAGCUCAUCUCUUCUCACUAAAUAAGUAAUCUAAAGGGCCCGGAUCCGUCCUUUCGCUGCCUGGCUCCCCGCGUACUAGUUUAGUACCUACCCAAACAAUCCCACACACAUACGUCAUACACCCGACAGCUUUACCAACAUCCAACAACACGCCCACAUUCCUACGAACACCACUCUUCAAGAUUUCUUCCAACGCGCAUCACAUAAGUCACAAUGUCCGAUUUUGAAGCGCAAAUUCGCGAAGCUGCGUCACGCAACACGCAACUCCUUCAGGUCCUCAAAGAAACGGACCACGCCAAACCCAGCCUCCAAGAGCAAAUUCGCUACGUCCAGGACCUCGAGAAGGAUGUCGCCAACAUUGACAAGAAGCUCAAACAGCUCGAGCAGAAGCGUGCCAAGGAACUCAAAGACCACGAAAAGUACCGCGACAGCAACAUCCGCCGCUUCGUCUACAAGGCUACGGGCAAGAAGGACAAGUUCGACGCAGCGGCGGAGAAGGAGGAGCGCGAGUACUUUGAGGUCCUGCAGGAAGAGCACCAAGCCAACCAGCUAAAGGCAAACUUGACCGAGCAGCUCGAUGCGGCGAAUAAGGUGAAGCGCGAGCUAGAGCAGGUGGCAAGGCGACACGACGCCGCGCAGCAGGAGCUCGACCGGCUGUACCACGCCAUCUUCAGCGGGCCGACUCCGCAGUUUCCUGAGGAGGACAAGAAGGAGAGGCAGAGCGACCAGAAGAUACAGGCGUAUCAUGAGGCGCGGACCAAGUUUGAGGCCGAGACGCACGUCGUGCGUAUGCUCAACGAGGCGGUGCCAUUGAUCAUGGGCGCGCUCAGGCACAUAGAGGCGGCACUGCAGCACUCCCGGGUUGACAUGUUUGGCGGCGGGGCGAUGCACGACAUGAUGGAACGGCACCAGCUCGCCCAGGCGGAGGGUAUGAUCCAGCGCGCGCGGAUGCAGAUUCAGCACGCACGCCAGGCGUCGCCCCUCGUUGGACCCAUGCCGCCGAUCAACAUUAACCACGGAAACAUCAUGACAGAUGUAUUCUUUGACAACAUCUUCACUGAUAUGGCCUUUCACGACGAAAUCAAGCGCGGAAGGGCUGAGGUGCAACGGUUCGCGGUGGCGCUGCAAGAGCAGUUGCAGGCGGCAGAGGGGAGGCGAAGAAGCAUCCAGGGGCAGUUGAAGAGCAGAGAGACGGAAUUGGAGCAGGCGAGAAAGGAACUCCAGGAAGAGAGGGGGAGAGCGUUUGAAAGGUAUGCGGGCGAGCAAGGGGCUAACACCCAUGUGGGAGAUCUGCCGCCGGCGUACGAGGAGGCUUCGUCGUCUAUAGCUCCACCGCCAGGGCCGCCGCCAGCGCAGACGGGAACACAGGAGAGGAAGCCGUCAACGAACCCUUUCAGGUGAGAAAGUUGACGGCGGUCGUGCACAACUGGGGCGGUUGCCCCUAGAUGAAACCCAUGUUAUUUUUGGAAGGAUAGAGUGUUUCUUAAUGAGUAUUAUAGGCGUCCCUUAAUCAACAUAUUCAUACUGUUGGACCUAAAGCUUCCCGAU